AUGAUACUGCUUACCUUUUCAUUGCUUAUACUUCUGUCUUUACCAGCUGCUUUGGCAGGAUUUGGCUCAUCCGGAGACCUUAUUGUCGGUAACAGGUUCAUUUCCCCUGAUGGUUUCAGCAGAUCCGCCGUUCUCGCUGGUAGCUCAGGCGGCCGAUUUCAUCUCAACGUCGUGAAUGAGCUCAUUGACCCCGCGAUGCUUCGAACUACGAGUAUUCACUGGCAUGGUCUAUUCCAACGCGGAAGUCAAUGGGCAGACGGCCCUGCCGGCGUCACUCAGUGUCCCAUUGUUCCUGGAAGUUCUUUUCUUUAUCAGUUUCAAGUUCCCGACCAAGCGGGGACGUUCUGGUACCAUUCUCACCAUCAAACCCAAUACUGUGACGGCCUGCGUGGAGCAUUCGUCCUUUAUGACCCUCACGAUCCCCAUCAUCAACUGUAUCACACCCCUACCCUAUCUGCUGGUGCUCUCCCUAUCUUCAAUUCCACCCUCAUCAAUGGAAAGGGGCGCUUUGCUGGUGGACCCCCUGUCGACCUCGCCGUUAUCCAUGUCGAGCGCAACAGACGGUACCGCUUCCGACUCAUCUCCAUGUCAUGCGAUCCCAACUAUAUCUUCUCUAUCGAUGGCCACACACUGACUGUAAUCGAAGUGGACGGCGUUAACGUCCAACCCCACACUGUCGACUCCAUCCAGAUCUUCGCCGCCCAACGCGUCUCCUUCGUGCUCAACGCAAACCGACCCAUAGACAACUACUGGAUCCGCGCAGACCCUAACUUUGGCAACACAGGCUUCGCCGGGGGGAUCAACUCUGCUGUCUUGCGCUACCACGGCGCAGAGCCCGCCGACCCAGUGACCGAGCGCCUCCCCUUCUCCAGCCCUUUCCGCGAAUUCGACUUACGGCCCCUCUUUCCCGAGCCAGUUCCAGGCCGUCCUGAAGUCGGAGGCGCGGAUAUCAAUAUCAACCUCGAGAUUGGGUUUGACUCCCAGAGCACCAGGUUUUCGGUCAAUAAUGCGACUAUGAUUCAGCCUACUGUCCCGGUUCUGUUGCAGAUUCUGAGUGGGGCUAGGACGCCGCAGGAACUUAUGCCCCCAGGGAGUAUCUACACUCUGCCCAGGAACCGGGUGGUCGAACUCUCGAUUCCUGGAGGGUCAGCUGGAAGUCCUCACCCGGUCCACUUCCACGGCCACACGUUCCAUGUUAUCCGAAGCGCGGGUAGCUCUGAAUACAACUACUUCGACCCUAUCCAGCGCGACGUCGUCAGCAUCGGCGAGGCGACUGAUAAUGUCACUAUCCGAUUCGUAACUGACAACGCUGGUCCCUGGAUUCUUCACUGCCAUAUCGAUUUCCAUCGGGCUUUGGGUUUUGCAGUUGUGUUUGCGGAAGAUGCUGAGAGGGUUGCUGCACUCGAACCUCCUCCUGCUUGGCACGAACUUUGUCCGAAGUAUGAAGCUUUCGGAGAACAGUGA